GUCACUUCCGGUAGCAGAAGUCCCACUUCCGCUCAUUUUCUGUAAACAUGGCGACCUACAGACAGGUCGGCAGGUUGUUGGGUAUUUCAGCACGACUGACGCGUCCAUUUGCUGUCUGUGGACAUCAGAGCGCUGGAUUACACUGGGCCUCACACAACACAGGAGUUGGGAAGAUAUGGCCACAAAACCCCCACUUUGUUGUUCCAGGGAGGACCAUGUUUGUGCAGACCCAAGAUACACCAAAUCCUAACAGCGUAAAGUUUCUCCCAGGUCGCACAGUUCUUGAAUCAGGAACUAUGAAUUUUGAAGGCCCUCGUGACGCGCACUGCUCACCAUUAGCCAGACAGCUGUUUAGGAUUGAUGGAGUCAAGAGUGUCUUCCUGGGCGGCGACUUUAUCACGAUAACAAGAUCAGAUGCAAAUAUGGAAUGGAAAGUAAUCAAACCUGAUGUAUUCGCUGCCAUUAUGGACUUCUUCACCACGGGGCUUCCUGUUGUCAAUGAGGAAAGUGAACCAAACGCAGAUACUGCUCCAUCAGAUGAUGAUGAUGAAGUCGUGGCUAUGAUCAAAGAACUGCUUGAUACUCGAAUAAGGCCGACAGUGCAGGAGGAUGGAGGGGACGUCCUGUAUCGGGGAUUUGAAGACGGCGUCGUUAAGCUGAAGUUGCAGGGCGCCUGCACUAGCUGUCCCAGUUCCAUGGUUACGUUGAAGAGUGGAAUCCAAAACAUGCUGCAGUUUUAUGUUCCUGAAGUUGAAUCAGUGGAGGAGGUGAAGGAAGAGGAAGAGGAGAUGAAUGCUCAAGUUUGAAUUACACCGAAACCUUGAACUGCAUUUACACAUUCCUCUCUCUCCUGGUCAUCUGAUCUGGACACAGCUGGAGGAACUAUUGAACAGCGUGAUGUUUGAAAGACCCAGUGAUCAUCAUUGUCAUUCAUCCUGAUGUUAUUAUUGACAUUGGUAGCUGUUUUGUAAAAUUACUUUACAAUGACAUUAUUUCUCAAGGUAUAGAUCAGGGCUGAAUUAUAUUCUAUUUAUUAUUUCACACAGUUUCACAUUUCUCACUCAAAACACCUUUUAGGUUUGAAGUACAUAUAUAGUGCUGUAUGUAUGUAAAUAAAGUUUAUUGAAAUAUUUUAUAA